CACAACCCUAUCUCUCACACACACAGAGAGUUGGAGAGUUGAAAAUGGGAGUGAGGAAAUGCUCCAAGUGCGGGAAAACGGGUCACAAUUCAAGAACUUGCAGAAAUGAUUCAUCAAGAAGAGAGAAUUGUGGUCAAAUUAUGAGGCUUUUUGGUGUGGAAGUAGCAAGAGUGGCAUCUCCUAGUGAUGGAUUUGGGCUCAUAAAGACUUUGAAUUUUAAUCAAAUGGAAUUAGUAUCAUCUUCCGACCAAGAUUCUGAUAAACUUAAGCAUGUUGGAACACUUCAUCAACCCCAGAGGAAAAAGGGUAUACCGUGGAGUGAAGAGGAGCACAGAUUAUUCCUAAUUGGGCUUGAAAAGCUUGGAAAAGGAAAUUGGAGAGGAAUUUCAAGAAAUUUUGUGACCACAAGAACUUCUACACAAGUAGCAAGCCAUGCUCAAAAAUAUUUUCUCCGCCAAAAUAAUGCCAACAAAAAUAAAUUCACUCCUACAGUGCUCUCCAUGGUGCGGCGCAAUGAAGCGCAAUGUUGUAUUUACUCGAAGAAAAAACCCAACAAUUCGCCGUUGAGAUUGCCGAAAUCACCUUAUUUUUGCAGACUUUACAACGAUUCUGCAGCUCAAAAUUCACCCUGCAGCUUAGAGCUCAGCCUUGCUGCUCCGCCGCUCCCGGCGGCGGCGGUUUGGGAACGGCGGCCGGUUGUGCUCUGGAAGAAGCAGUAUGUGGUCAAAAAAAUAUAGCCAUGUCCACCAUUAUUAUAUGUUUUGAUAUUCGAUACACUAAUAAGAAAAUUAUUUUAAACGUUCA